AUGCCGGAGAGCAGUGUCGACACGACGAAAUGGUGGAAAUCUCGGAAUCUACGUACUCUCAACUUGUUGCUGAUUGUCCCAAUGCUCUCCAUCUUUACCCAAGGGUUUGAUGGAUCUAUGAUGAAUGGCUUGCAAUCAGUCGAGAAUUGGCGAGAUUACUUUGGUGAACCGAAGGGAUCGACGUUGGGGUUGUUCAAUGCCGCAUACCCCAUGGGCGGCCUUUGUGCCAUCCCCUUCCUAUCCUUCGUCAGCGAUACCUUGGGAAGACGAUCUGCUAUGGGCCUCGGAGCUACUGUUUGUACCAUUGGUGCUACACUUCAGGCAGCUGCCCAGAACCUCCCCAUGUUUGUUGUGUCUAGAGGCAUCUUGGGUUUCGGUGCCGUCUUCAUUGGCGCGUCGGGCGCUCCUUUGAUCACCGAGCUGGCACACCCUGCGCACAGAGCUACUGCAACUGCUCUUUUCAACACGUCCUACGCUCUUGGUUCUAUUGUCGCGGCGUGGGUGACAUUCGGUACCUUUCGAAUCGCCUCGUCCGCCUCCUGGCGUAUCCCUUCUGGAAUUCAGGGCUUACCUUCAGUCAUUCAACUUCUCGGUCUAUGGUUCGUUCCUGAAAGCCCACGUUGGCUCAUCUCCAAGGACAGAAAUGACGAAGCCCUUGACAUCCUCGCGAAAUACCAUGCCGAGGGUAACAAGGAGGAUCCCCUGGUGCAAUUCGAGUACAGCGAGAUUACGAAUGCGCUCGCCUACGAGAGGAGCAUUGAUCGCCACAACUGGAUCCAGAACUACCUCGAAUUCGUCCGUACAAAGGGCAACCAGAAGCGUCUCUUUAUUCUUCUCUGGUGCGCCUGUAUCAGCCAGAUGUCUGGCAAUGCGUUCAUCUCAUACUACCUGGCACCGGUUCUGACGUCGGUUGGACUUACUACGAGUCUCGAGCAGACUCUUAUCAACGCGACACAGCAGGUCCUUUCGUGGUUUUCUGCACUCUACUUUGCAACCCUUCCUCAGAAGCUCGGUCGACGCACACUUUUCCUCUCCUCCCUCGCAGCCAUCUUUGUUUGCCUUGUUAGCAUCACCGCUGGCAGCGCCGUCUUUGCCAACAACCCCAACAACAAGGUGGCUGGUGGAGCAGUGGUUGCGUUCCUCUACCUGUUCUCGCCCUCGUAUAACCUUGGUCUUAACGGAAAUUUGGGCCUAUACAUCACCGAGAUUCUCCCAUUCAACCUCCGCAUGAGAGGCCAAGCGCUGUACCAGUUGUUCGCCACAUGCUUCACCCUCCUCUCGACGUACGCUAUCCCUAUCGGCCUGGACGAUAUUGCUUGGAAGCUGUACACCGUUUUCAUUCCGUGGGUUCUGGUUGAGUGGCUCGUCGUCUACUUCGUCUACCCCGAGACCAAGGGUCCUUCGCUGGAGGAAAUCGCUAUUAUCUUCGAUGGGGCUGAUGCCAACGCGUCGACCCUGAGCAAGGCGGUGGACAUUGAGCGUGCCGAGGUUGAGCACAAGAACUAG